AAUUUGUUUAUUUCCACACACAAAAAAGCUCAAUAAAAUUCCCAAUAUUAUUAUUUUCUUUUUGGUACAUUAUAAUUGAAACCUAGAAUUCUUGAAGGUCUCGAACCACCCAAGGGACUUCGUCAUAUACUGAAGGAGGAAGGGCCAGAAGCAUUUGCGAAGGCAGUCCGUGCACACAAGGGAGUACUCCUGAUGGACACAACAUUCCGAGACGCCCACCAGUCAUUGCUUGCCACACGUGUGCGAACACGAGACAUUUUGAAUAUCUCUCCUUUCGUCGCCCACACAUUCAAUAACCUGUAUUCCUUGGAAAACUGGGGUGGCGCCACUUUUGACGUGAGCCUGCGAUUCCUCCACGAGUGUCCCUGGGAGCGGCUCGAGGAGAUGCGCAAGAUCAUACCCAACAUUCCCUUCCAGAUGUUACUGAGAGGAGCCAACGCUGUGGGCUACACAAAUUAUCCUGACAACGUGGUCUACAAGUUCUGUGAGUUGUCGGUAAAGACCGGAAUGGACAUUUUCCGAGUGUUUGACUCACUGAACUACCUGCCUAACCUGAUUCUGGGUAUGGAGGCAGCAGGCAAGGCUGGUGGAGUGGUAGAAGCUGCUAUCUCAUACACAGGAGACGUGUCAGAUCCCAGCCGCACUAAGUAUGACCUAAAGUACUACACCAACCUCGCAGAUGAACUGGUCAAGGCAGGCACUCAUGUUCUGUGUAUCAAAGACAUGGCAGGUCUACUGAAACCAGCAGCAGCCACCUUGCUGGUGAAAGCUCUCAGAGACAAACACCCUGAUGUGCCCAUACACAUCCACACUCACGACACGUCAGGUGCUGGUGUAGCGUCCAUGCUGGCGUGUGCACAUGCCGGUGCUGAUGUGGUGGACGUAGCAGUAGACUCUAUGAGCGGCAUGACCUCCCAGCCCAGCAUGGGAGCCAUGGUAGCCUCCCUACAGGGUACCCCUGCUGACACAGGUCUGGACCUGAAGAAUGUGUCUGCAUACUCCGCGUACUGGGAGCAGACCCGACAGAUGUAUGCUCCCUUCGAAUGCACAACCACCAUGAAGUCUGGCAACGCCGAUGUCUACCUCAAUGAGAUUCCUGGGGGCCAGUACACUAACCUACAGUUCCAGGCCUACUCUCUGGGGCUUGGUGACAUGUUUGAGGACGUAAAGAAAGCCUACAGGGAGGCUAACCUACUACUGGGUGACAUUAUUAAGGUGACACCCUCAUCAAAGGUAGUGGGAGACUUGGCUCAAUUCAUGGUACAGAACAGUCUUAAUAGUGAAGAUGUCAUGGCUCGUGCUGAGGAGCUCAGCUUCCCCAAGUCUGUUGUGGAGUUUCUGCAGGGAGCCAUCGGAGAACCUUACCAGGGCUUCCCCGAGCCACUUCGGUCCAAGGUUCUGAAGGACAUGCCACGAGUAUCCGGCCGACCAGGAGCCAGCCUUGCUCCCCUCGAUUUUAACAAACUCAAGACAGAGCUACAGGAGCAGCACCCGCACCUCUCUGACAGGGAUGUAAUGAGUGCUGCACUCUACCCAUCUGUCACCAAGGACUUCCUUAACUUCCGUGAAGUCUUCGGACCUGUGGACAAGAUUGAUACCAGGAUAUUCCUUGUUGGCCCCAAGGUUGGAGAGGAGUUUGAGGUAACAAUAGAGAAGGGAAAGACUCUAGGAAUCAAGACUCUGGCCAUAGCAGAAGAUCUCACUCCAAGUGGAGAGAGGGAGGUCUUCUUCGAACUGAACGGACAGCUGAGAUCAGUGUUCAUCAAGGACAAGGAAGCCUCAAAGGAGCUCCACAUCCACCCCAAGGCCGAGAAGGGAAACAAAGAUCAGGUCGGUGCUCCGAUGCCAGGAUCUGUAAUGGAGGUGAGGGUAAAGGUUGGUGACACUGUCGAGAAGGGUGCGGCGCUGGUCGUGUUGUCAGCCAUGAAGAUGGAGAUGGUUGUACAGGCCCCUCGAGCAGGAAAAGUCAAGUCGAUCGAUGUAGCUGUUGGAAACAAACUAGAAGGAGAUGAUUUGUUGCUUACUUUGGAAUAGACAAUUUAAAACUCGCUUUUAUAAAAGACAAGAUAUGGAGAGUCAACGGAGUAAGACUGAUAGAUGGUUUAUUUCUUGUUAAAAGUCUUUGCGAAUGCAUAUAAAAGACUUACAAUACUCAGAAGUGUGCUGAAAAAUAGGGCAGAAUCAUAUUUGGAUGAUUCAUUUUUUAAAUUAUAUUUUUUAUUAAUUUUAUGUAAAACAGCUGUGUAGCAGAUAGUUAAUGUUUCAAAUCUAGUCAUUACAACUCAUACAGAAGUAUUUUUGAUAAGGACUCAUGUUUCUAAAUUAUAUAGAAAAAUCCAAAUAAAAAUUAUAAUACAAUUUUGUUAAAUUAAAAUCAUUGUAGUUGCAAAAAAAAGAGUACUAAACUCUGAAUGAAAAUUAUCGUAAUGUGAGAAAUGAAAAGAAACUUUUGAAAUGUGAGUAAAAUUGUUUGAAUAAUUUUAAUUAAAUUCAGGACUUAGUUAGAGUAACAAACAUUAUGUAUUGUUAUAUAGCAAACACUAAUUUAUUGAAUAUUCAUGGUUAUUAUGAUUUCAAAAUUUGAAAUAAAAAGAGAUAAUGAUAGAGCUUGAAGAGACCAUUUAAAGGUGGUUGGUAUUGGUGAUGCAGAUAUUUUCAAAUUACAUUAUUUUUCCUGUGAUAAAUAGUAAAGAUUAUGUAAUUUUUAACUGUUAGCUGUUUGGGUACUUACUUGUUAUAUUUAUUAUUGUUAUGUUUUAAAUGUUUCGGGAAGGAUUAUAUUGGUUGGUUACCUUUUCUGUUUCCUCGCUCACUUUUUUGUUUUGGUUUACUAUGUAAGCCUUGUAUACUUGCCCAUAUAAUAAGUGAUAAGGUUUUAUAUGUAUAUUAUGAGUUUUAGAUAAUACAUUUUUAUAGAAUAAAUGUUAAUUCUGCUGCUGUAAUUUAUGUACAUACAUAGUUUAAAACUGUUAAUUAAUAAUAAUAAUAAUUUUACAUA